AUGGACUCUACCCAGCCCCAAGCAGCGACUAGUAGCAGCAGUCCGUUCCUCGCGCACACCGAAGACUCAUCUCAGCCAGGAUCCUCCGAGCCCAAGGUUCUGCGCACGAGCGCACGAGUCAAGGCCGCAAAGCAGAAACAGAACCAACGCACUCAGCAAGAUAUAUCACAGCACGCCGCAUCCUCCUCAUCGAAGCGUACCCGCGACAACAAAGGCAAAGGACGAGAAGCCGCCGACGAAGCACGAGCAGGCAAACGCACACGCCGAGCGACCCUCCCCGCAUCCUCUGCACUCACAAUCAACGAACCGACCAAGGACGCCAAGGGUAAGAAACGCGCAGCGCCCGAAGAUCGUUCUGACGACGACGAGAACACCGCAACAUCUUCUUCUGCGAAGAAGCUACGACGUGCUACCAGUGCUUAUUCACUCAGACCGAGGGGAGACCAUCAGGGAACAUCGGAUAUGACCAGGAAGACGAGAACGACUUCGGGCCAGGGGAAGGUCAAUACGAAGAGCAAGGCGAUGUUGGCUGCGGCUGGAUCAUCUAGUGCCCCCGACGAGGAUGUAGAGAUGAUGGAUGCCGAAUGUGUUCGGGAUGAGGGUGAGCGCCAUGAUGAGAAGCAUGAAGACGGUGAUGACCAUGAUGAAGUUGUCGACGAAGGCGGCGGUGGCGGGAACGACGACGACGACGAUGAAGAAGAAGAGGCCGACAGGGAUCUCGCAAGUUCACUCGGGGCUAUCGGAAACGAGCCUUCCGCCAUGUCCAUCUUCGGCGACUAUCGUCAGCUCGGAUCCUAUAUGAUGGGCAUAUCCGGCAGACUGAAGACCAUGCUUAACAAUAUUAAGCCGACGGCCGACCCGACGACUCGGUUACUGACGCUGCAGGAGUUGAGUGAGCUGUUGAGUAUCAGCACUGAGGACACCCUCGCCGGCUCGUUCCAGGUCGAAGCCUUCAUCCGGGAGCUGGUCAGGAUCUUGGGUGGUACAGGGAACGACGAGGGCGACGAUGACGAUGACGACGCGGUGGAGCAGGAUGAGGAUGCUGCGCUUGCGGCGGCGUUGGCGAUGAGCGCAGGCGGAGGCACAUACCAAGGUGACGAGAAUCUGGAGGCUCAGGUUCUCGCUUGUCGGUGUCUUGCAAACUUGAUGGAAGCCCUCCCUGGGGUCGCGCACACAGUCGUUUAUCACGGCGCGAUUCCCGUUCUUUGCAGCAAAUUGAUCGAGAUUUCCUACAUCGAUUUGGCAGAACAGACCUUGAGUACCUUGGAGAAGAUUUCAGAAGAGUUCCCUAGCUCCAUCGUGCGAGAAGGCGGCCUGGCUGCCCUACUGAACUACUUGGAUUUCUUCUCGAUUGCAGUGCAGAGGACGGCCUUGCAGGCCGCCUCCAACUGUUGUCGCAACGUAUCCGUUGAGCACUUUCCCAUGAUCCGCGGCGUCUGGCCAAUCAUCCGUAACUGCCUAGGCUACUCUGACCAACGUCUGGUUGAGUAUGCCUGUCUCUGUGUCAUCCGCAUCAUCGACUCUUACUACCGCUCUGCUCCCGAGCACCUCGAAGCGCUUGUCGACGCCGACCUCAUUCGCGCCAUCAAUAUGCUCCUCCUGCCAGCAGGUGGUUCGCCUCUCAUCGCUUCUAGCACUUACACGCUGCUCCUUCGGGCUUUGGCAACCUCUGCUCGCGUCAGCCCUAAAGUAACGCUGGUACUGCUCGAGGCUGGCAUCGUGGACACUCUGUACCAAAUCCUCACUGGCGUACUGCCUCCGUCGUCGGACGGUGUGAAUGAGCAGGGUGAUGCUGCUGGUGGGCAGGGUCUCGGUGGCGGCCUCGCCGACAUGACCGUUAUGGAGAACCUUGCCCAUCGUCCGAAAGACCAGGUAGAAGAAGCUUUGAGUCUCGUUUCGGAACUCAUGCCCCCUUUACCCAAAGAUGGCGUAUUUGACCACAAGACGUACACGGAGAAGGCUCUGAACAAGAUGAUCAAGGCGAAGGCGAAGGCAGAACGCGCUGCAGCCCGCCAAGCAGCUGCGGCACAAGCGGCGUCGGGCUCUACGUCGCGUCCCGCUGCCGCCGACACUCCUGCCUCAGCAGCCGCAGAUGAGGGCCAAGCGCCGGAUGCCAUGUCUGUCGACCCUCAGUCAGUCCAAGAUGCUGAGGAGGCAUUGCCGCAGUUACAGAAGGAGCCCGCCACUAUCGACCGUACGGAGCUCUUGCGUUCGAAGCCUGAGGUUGUUGGACGCUUCUUACGCCUCAUGGUGCCCAUCCUCGUCGACGUCUAUGCUGCGAGCGUUAUUACUCCUGUACGCAUCAAGACCCUUACCGGUUUGCUCAAGGCGGUCAGCUUUUUGGACGGCGAAGAGCUCAAGCAAGUCUUCACGUUCGUGCCGGUUGCAAGCUUUGCGUCGUCUAUCUUGUCCUCGAAGGACCACCCUACGCUUGUCAUCGGGGCACUUCAGCUAGUCGAACUGUUGCUCGCCAAGGUGCCUACAGAGUAUAAACCGGUGUUCCGUCGCGAAGGCGUUUUCCAUGAGAUUGAAGCGCUUGCAUCGCGGACCAUUACAUCAUAUAAGUCGAAGGACAAAGACAAGAACACUGACAAGGACAUUUCCGAAGCACCAUCACCUGGCGACACCGGAAUACCUACAUCUGUUCCUAUCCCCAUCGCUGUGAUCACCUCCAUCCCUGGCUACAAGAAGCUGUCCUCACUGUCGAUCGAGCCUGACGACGCGAUUACCCUCCGUGCGCGCGUCAUUCGGUUCAAGUACCUCGCGAGCGAUGACUCUACCGGCACCGACGAUGUUUCCGCUAACCUUCGCAAGUUGGUUGAGCGAAUCACGGAUGCCGCUGCGUCUGAGAAGGACCUUGCGACUGCUUUGGGCGAGCUUGCUGCCCUGUUCAGUUCUCAACAUACGUCGGUGUCGAGUUUCGAGCUUCUGCAGAGUGGUGUUAUCGAUGGCUUGCUCGACUUCUUCGCCGAUUCUGAACGUACUGUGCCUCUGAGUCGUCGACAGGAGCUCUUCUUCAAUGCCUUCACUUCGAGAAAGACCAAGGGGUCUGGUGGUCAGACACCAUUCGCCGUCUUCGUGAAGAAACUGCAGGAGAGUUUGACCAGGAUGGAGUCCUUUGAGGUCAUAAGCGUGGCGCAAAGUUCGGAUGACUCAAAACGCAGUUCACCAUCCCUCCUUGCUCGUCAGUUGCGUCUUCGUCUGGUGGCGUCAGAAGACUCGGACAUUCCCCGCAACCUCAGCAACAUUGUUGUCUCCAUACACGCGAUUGCGACCUUCCAGGCCUUGCAUGACUACCUUCGCCCCCGCGUUUCCGGUCUAUUGUCCAGCAGCUCGCGGCUCUCGGGCAUGCUUGCUGCGUUGGCAGCUUCAGGGCUUGCGCCUCCCUCGGCUCGCUUCGGGCUUCCUGAGCCUUCGAGGGUUUCAGCGGCUGCCGAGGCGUCGUCAUCGGCCAGCACCGCUGGCGUGAGCAGACGACGCAGCCUUCGUCUGAGCGCCAAGAAGGCGUCAACGUCAGGCGAUUCUCCUGCGGAUGCUCCAGCCACUGAGGCUGCUAGUGGUGGGCCCGGUGCGGAGGCUGCACCAUCUGAUGUCGCUGAAGGAGAGUCUAUUGCUUCCGCAGCUGAGCCCGCUCCUAGCGAGACCGUUGUCAACGAUGACGAAUUUGGAGGCGAUUUUACGGACGAUGAGGUUGACGUCGACGCUGAGGUAAUAGAGGAGGAUGACGACCCUGACAAUUCCAUUGCGGACAAGACUAUCGACGUUUCCGUGAGCGAUGAUCACAAAGUCGAAGCACAGACACCAGAUGGGACACUUGUAGCAACCCCUGGCAAGGCUCCGUCGACCUCGGCGACACCUCGUACUUCCACGCCGAAGACGUCAUAUGCUGCCGUCCUCAAGACUAAGCCGAGCGACUGGCACCUGGAGUUCUUCAUGGAUGACCACAAGUUGCCUCUUGACCUGACAAUCUACGGUGCAAUUCACCAGCAUGAGAUGCGCAAACACAAGGCGUCUGGCUCUCCCUUCGUGCCCAGUAUGAUCUGGCAGGGGGUCUACAGCAUCAAGUUCAAAAAGGUCCCUGGUCCUCCUCCAUUGGGUGAUGCGCGUGCAGAUGACAAUGGGUCGCGAAGUCGAUCUCCCGUUCCAUCGUUGUCCUCUCUCCCCGAGGACGCCCCGCAUGCAAAGAUUUUGCGCAUCUUACGUGUCUUGCAAAAGCUCAAUGCCCAGGAAAGCGAACGUGCAACAGCUGCCGCCGCUAAGCGCAUCCUUGCCCCUUCGGCGUUCGUUAACAACAAGUUGACUGCCAAACUGACGCGGCAGUUGGAGGAGCCAAUGAUUGUCGCGAGCUCAUGUCUUCCUGACUGGGCCCUCGAUCUCCCCCUGCACUUCCCCUUCCUCUUCCCGUUCGCCACCCGCUACAAUUUCCUGCAAUCAACAUCUUUCGGCUACGCUCGUCUCAUACUCAAGUGGCAGUCCCAGCAACAAUCGCGUGGCCAAGAUAGUUCGCGACGGGACGACGGCGUAGGCUUUCUCGGUCGUCUGCAGCGGCAGAAGGUGAGGAUUUCGCGCAAGCACAUCCUAGAGUCUGCCGUCAAGGUCUUCGAACUAUAUGGAUCGUCGUCAUCCAUCCUCGAGGUCGAGUACUUCGAGGAAGUUGGUACUGGUCUCGGUCCGACACUGGAGUUCUAUUCACUUGUGUCGAAGGAGUUCGCGAGGAGAGACUUGAAGAUUUGGCGUGAUGCCGACUCCUCGAUCCCUGGUCCCCACGUGCAUCACCCGCUCGGUCUAUUCCCGGCACCCAUCAGUCCUGACGACAUCGCGAAGGAUGGGGUUCAGAAACGCACCCAUAUCAUCAGGGUCAUAGGCCAGUUUGUCGCCAAAGCCAUGCUCGACUCUCGGAUCAUCGACCUGUCCUUCAACAAGAUCUUCCUCAAGCUGGUCCUCGGAGAGGAGGUGCCACUCACCAUAGACAAUCUCAAGCGCGUAGACCCGGAGCUCGCCAUCUCGCUGUCAAAGAUUCAAGGCCUAGCUGCUGCGAACAGCCAGAACGAGAAGCUUCGCCAGAAGCUGGCGGCGAUCGAAGGUCUCGAGGAGCUCAAUGUGGACGACCUUGGACUUGACUUCACCGUCCCUGGCUACGAUAUUGAGCUGAGGCCCGGAGGACGUGACAUCGCUGUUACGGCAGACAAUGUUGACGAAUAUAUCCGCGAAGUGAUCAACGCGAUCAUUGGCAAGGGUGCACAGGCCCAGGCCCAGGCAUUCAGAGAGGGCUUCUCGAAAGUCUUCCCUAUCAGCGAUCUGCAAGCGUUCACUGCGGACGAGCUUGCCAUGUUGUUCGGUAACGCAGACGAAGAUUGGAGCGUCGAGACUCUGAGCGAAGCGUUGAAGGCAGACCAUGGUUUCAACGUGGAGAGUCGGGCCAUUCGGGAUCUCGUUGAGAUCAUGGCUGGUUAUGAUGCACCCACGCGUCGAAGCUACUUGCAAUUCAUCACAGGAAGCCCGAAGUUGCCAAUCGGUGGCUUCAAGGGCCUCAACCCUCCGCUCACGGUAGUCCGGAAGCCGCAUGAGGCUCCAUUGACCGCGGACGACUACUUGCCUAGUGUCAUGACGUGCGUCAAUUACCUCAAACUGCCAGAGUAUUCGUCGAAGAAGGUAAUGUCGGAGAAGCUAUUGAUUGCAAUGCGGGAGGGUGUGGGCAGUUUCCACUUGUCAUAAAGAGUCGUCAAGUUUCAUUUGUCACGCUCAUCGUUAUGUAGUAUCACAUAGUCCAUCAUCUGUGCUUUUAUCGCCAUGUCCAGUAGACCGCAUCGUUUGUUCACUGUAAUUCAGGACAUUAAUUUGCUUGCUAUGUCCCAUAAUGUGAACCGG